AUGUCAAAUAAUAGCAGUAAAGACUCCAACAAUACCCCCAAAGAGAAUAACACAAAUGAAUCAUUUACACUACAGAAACCAUUAGUUAAAGUAACAGAUCCCAAACAAUUAACAACAGUUUAUAAAAAAAAUGGAACAUUUGAUAAUCAAAGAAAACAACUUUUAGAAAAUUUUAAAUCAUCAGAAACUUAUAAUAAUUUGUUAUUAAAAUUAACAAUAAUGAUAGAAUCAAAAAUUAAAAAUGAUCCUCAAUUAUUAUUAAAAAAUAAAGGUAAAAUAGCAGCAUUAAUUCAAGGAGAAAUUAUACAAAAUUCAAAUAAUGAAUUAAAUAUAUUAAGUAUAGUUGAUAAAGAUAUUCAAGAUAAAAUAAUUGAAUCUCGAAAUUUUCAUGAAAUUUUAAAAGAUGAAUUAAUGAAUAUUCAAAGAAAAAUCAUGGGGAUUAAUGAUGAAGAAUUUAACAAGAUAAAAGAAAAUAUAAAAUUAACAAAUUUAAAAUUGGAAAAAGAAAAAUCUUUAAAGAAAUUAAAAUAUGAACAAGAAUUAAAAAAUUUAGAAUAUAGAGAUAAUUUUGUAAAAAAUUUGAAUAAUAUUAAUAGUUCAAAGAAUAGAAUAAAUAAGAUUAAACCUGAUGAAAAAUUGGAGAUAAAAAAAGAAGAAAAGAAGAAGAAAAAAAUGAUUACGGAUAUCUCAUCAUUUGAUACUGCUACGUAUACUAUUAAUGAUGAUCUUGAGCAAGCCACCAAGUCUGUAUAUGCGUCAGUUAGUAUAGAAAGAGAACAAAUCACAUCUAUUUCAACUCAUAUUCUUGAGUCUCAAACUAGAAGGACAACUUACACAACCAAUAUGGAUGAAAAAGAACUUACAAGUACUAGCUCAAUUGAAAAAUAA